AUGGCACACUACGAUAGCGACUCUUCAGACGACGGAGAGGACUACUCUACCACCAAUGUCACCCUCGGCUAUGCCACCGUCGAGUCCACGGGCGACGACAUCAGUCACUUGGGUGGCCAUCCCACAUGGCUGGAUUCAAGCCAACCUCCGCCGGCGGCCCUGGCCAGGUGCAAGGUGUGCAACGGCUACAUGUCCCUUCUCCUACAGCUCAAUGCGGAUCUCCAGCAGUACUUCCCCAACGACGACCGACGCCUUCACGUCCUCUGCUGCAGGAAAAAACAAUGCUCGAAGAAGGUCGGCAGCGCCAGGGCAUUUCGCGAAGUCAGGAAACCUGCGGUGCUAGAAAAGAGUCAAAGACAGAAAAAGGCGGUAGAGUCACAGACAACGACGCCAGUGCCGGACCUGGGAAGUGCCCUGUUUGGUGGACCAAGCCAGCAAUCCCCGGCCAACAGUGCAAACCCGUUCUCGAUGCCGGCCAGCUCGAACGGACAGCCAACCGCAAAUCCUUUCUCAUCCAUAGGCUCGCCCUCGCAGCUGGCUGCGCUGCCUCCACAGCGGCCAGUCGCGGAGUCUCAACCUCAAUCUCUCACAGAGUCGUUCGCUGACAAACUGCGAAUCACCGCCGAACCAGACACCAAGACGACUGCGAAGGAAGAACAAAUACCGUGGCCCGACGCCUCCCUGUUCCCACCGCCCUACCCUUCCUUCUACCUCGACGCGUACCCGGAGGAACUCGAAAAAGUGCCCGACGCCCCUGCUGCCGCAAAGGCCGGGUCUUCGAAAACCCAAUAUGACGUGGACGAUGCAGGCGGAGGAGGCGCCAGUACUGACGCGGAUAAAGACACGUUCGAGUCCAGCCUGGACAAGACCUUCCAGAAAUUCUCCGACCGCGUCGCCCAGAACCCGGAACAGGUCCUGCGAUACGAGUUCAAGGGCGAACCGCUCCUGUACUCGGGCACGGACGAGGUGGCGUCGCGCUUCAUCGUGCCCCACGGGCGGACUGGGCCCGCGAGGGGACUACCGCGCUGCGACAGCUGUGGUGGUCAACGGGUGUUUGAGCUGCAACUCGUGCCCGGGUUGAUCUACGAGCUGGAAAAGGACGACGAGAAUGCCAUGAGUCUGGACGACGGGAUGGAGUGGGGCACGAUCAUCGUGGGCACCUGUGCGAAUAACUGCGGUGACGCGGGGAGAGUCUCCUUCCGGGAGGAGUGGGUGGGCGUGCAGUGGGAAGAGAGGGUUGUCAGAAAAUGA